UGUUUACGUCGCUGAUGUAAACAGAAAGGACCAUUUUGAUCAGAGAAAUCUAGAAGCCAGGGCACAGUAACUCAUCAAAGCCUUUCUGAUUUCACCUAUGCAACGCCUUAAAUAGUACUUGCGCCAUGGACUUCUAUAUCAAUCUGAAGGUGAAUUUCCGAGGGAAUGCGAAGAGUUUCUUGCUGUCUGGCUCAGAGACGAAGAGUUGGGAGUCUAUGGAGGCCAUGGUGAAGAGGUCCUUUGGCCUGUGUAAUUUACAACUGACUUAUUUUGAUGAGGAAAAUGAAGAGGUAUCAAUCAACAGCCAACUGGAAUAUGAAGAAGCCCUGAAGAGUGCAGCACGACAGGGGAACAGAUUACAAAUGAAUGUGUAUGAGACGAGGGGCAGUAGAGCCACAGUUCCAGGGCCGGGCCCCCCACCAGGAUCAGGGGUGGGCUUGGGCCAGGUGAAACCUGGUACUGUUGGAGAGCCCAAGAAGGGAUUCAGGCCUCCUCAGCACUGCCCUACUUUGGCACAAGUGGUGAGUCGCAAAGUUCAGGCAGCAGUCCCAGAGGAAGGAUUGGUAAUUGUAAAUGAACUCAAAGGUGGGAAAGCAGAGGAUAAGACACCUCCAGCUUGGUUCACUUCAUACAUGGAAAAGUUUAAGGACCAGGUGGUUAGGGAGGCAGUAGAGAAGAUUUGUAGGGAGUUCUCUGGACAAUGCUGCAUCCAUAAGCCAGUGGGACCAGAAGCUCAGGUUCCUGAGGUCACUUCAUCCACUCUACCUGGGGCCCCAAGUUCAGCUCCAGCCUGCAGCAGCUGCCGGGGCCAGACCGCAGGCGGCGGAUACCAAUGCAGUGUCUGUACCUCCUGCACUCUGUGUGAGCCUUGUAGCUUUUCACAUGAUCCAAGCCACAACCUUGUGAGAGCCAGAACUCCCCUGUCUAUCCCUGAGCACGGCUCCCCAGCGCCAGACCACAGCAGGUUUUACAGAAGGGGUGACCGGAGCUUUCGCAAGGCCGAGAAGCAGCGCCUUAAAGCGGAGAAGCGUCAGCUCAAGGCGGAGGUGAAGGAGAUCAGGAAGCAGCUGAGGAUGGAGAGGAGAGGGCUGCAGUGGAGCACUGCUGGAGAAGGGAGCUCUUCACCCGUCCUGCUGCAGCCACGUGCCACACAGGCAAACAGUCCAGAUCGUCCUAAACGUCCAUGCCCGCUGGCUGUGCCAGCUAUGACAGCUCUGCUCCUGGAUGAAAACCUGCCUGAUGGAUCACGUCUGCGUCCUGGGACCAAGUUCAUUAAAUACUGGAAAAUGAAGAACAGUGGCAGAGUGUGCUGGGACUCUGAGACCAAGUUGAAGUUCAUGUGGGGAAACCUGGCAGUGGGCUCAGGCGAAAGAUGGCGGGAGGUCGCAGUACCCACUCUACAGCCAGGUCAGGUGGGUGUGGUCAGCGUGGCUCUUUGUGCUCCGACAUUGGAAGGCACCUACACAUCCCAUUGGCGCCUGGCACACAGAGGAGAGCAGUUUGGGCCGCGUGUUUGGUGCAGCAUCGUUGUGGAUCCACAUGCACCUACAGCCAUCUGUGCUGACGGGCUGCUGGUGUCUCCCUGUGUCACCCCUCAGGAGAAGUCUUCCCGCACUCUUGAGAGGGAGGAGAAAUGCCGGGCCUCAAGGGAUCAACUAGUUUUGUCCGUGAACCAGGACUGUGAUCAGGAAUUCUACAUUCCAUCUGUGGAUUUACUCACAGCUCAGGACUUACUGUCUUUUGAACUGCUGGACAUCAACAUUGUGCAGGAGCUGGAGAGCGUGCCCAACAACACUCCUGCAGACAUUACUCCUUGCAUAUCGCCUUUGCCCCAUGAUGGACCUCUUCAGGAGAAGCCAACAUUGGGGCUGAUCCAAGAAGAAACAGAAGCCCAAGGAGUCAGCAGCAUCCUGGAUGUGGCUCAGGGCACAGAGUUAGAGGGAGUCCCAGCACAAGAGAAAGGACAGGAGAGCAUCACUGGACCUCAGUUUGUCAGUCCAUCUGUUAUCCGCUCUCUCACCCUUGAAGUAGCAGAGCAUGGGACCCUGUGUGGGAGAUUCCCAGCUAAAGUGGUGCGCCCAGCCCCCCAAGGUUCAAUGUCACUUUGUGAGAGGAAAUCAGAAAAAGUUCCAGAAACAGGAAACCUGUUAAUAUCUGCUCCAGCCCCACUGAAAGUAGAGACGUCACGAGUCUCCAGCUCUGCUUCACCACAGACAGAGACGGCUGAGAUGGCUGCUCCCCUGCUGCCGCUUCCAACUGAACUCAUUAGCACAGAUGAGGGUCACGAGUCCGACAUCGAGCAGAUCCUGGUGGAACCUGCUGGUGGAGAUCUGGUUGAGGAGGGAGAGGAGGAAGUGGAUAAGAAAGAGCAAGUUAAAGCGUCAGAAUCAGCUAAGGAAACUCGCAGCAGAACUUCCUCUGCAUCUUCAGAAGACUACAUCAUCAUCCUCCCUGAUUGCUUUGACACCACCCGUCCAUUAGGAGAGUCCAUGUACAGCUCAGCCCUGUCACAGCCUGGAGAAGAGCCUGCAGAGGGAGACAAACUAGAAUCAGUGGAGACCGCAGAGCUUCAGAGCUCCGUUGCUGCUGCUGCUGUUAGAGUGGAUGCUAAUGACAUGCUCUGUGCCUCCCAAACUCUGGACGCUGUGCCGCUUACCCCUGUGAUUGUAGUGGCACCCCGACCCUUAGUCAAAUCCUGCACAGAGACACAAGUGCAGACAGGUAAUGGAGCAGAGCAGCAGGAGGGGAGUGAUCCUACGGAGCCAGGAGAUAAGGAGACAGAUUCUGAGCCCAAUCAAUCUGACCCUGAGAACUCAUUAGCAUCUGCCAAGUCUGAAACAGAAGAGCUCAGGGCCAAUAGCAUCACUGGUGGAUUGGUGAAGGGUGCCCUGUCCGUGGCAGCAUCUGCCUAUAAAGCUCUUUUCACUGGUCAGACUGGGUCUGAGAAGCUGCCAGAAGAUGCAGCUUCUCAUGACGCCAUGAUGGCUGUGCUGGUAGAGAUGGGCUUUGGUGACCGAGCUCUAAAUCAACGUCUGCUGCAGAAACACAACCGAAACCUGCUGGAUGUGGUAAACGAACUGGUGCAGAUGACCGACAAUGACUGGUACACUACACGCUAUUAAGAUGCUGGUCAACUAUUUUGUUUCUCUUUUCUUUUCGUUUUCUUUUUUUUUUUGGUUUCUCUUUCUCUGUGCAAUCAGCAGCUCAUUCCAUGAUACAGACUCUUACGUUCCAUUUGGGUUGUAAAGAUAGUGUGUGUGAAUCUGUCUGCUCUUAAGUGUAAUGGAUAAUCAUUAGAGAAGCAGUUCAUCACCGUAAUAACUGUGUUUAAAGUUUGUUGUUAGUGGGCAUUAAUGUUUUCACAGAGAUGGUCAUGGGUAGCUAAUGAACACUAAUAGGUCAUUAUUAUUCCAAAACUAUCCAAGAAAUAUGUCAUGCUUUUAAUGAAUACUUGAUUUGAAAGAACAGUGUAUUUAACCACAAAUUAUUCUAAUAGUUAAAAAAGAAAAUUUCUGCAGUGUGACUGGAUAUUUUCCAUAUUUAAAGAGUUUUGUGUUCCCAGGUUUUGGAAAAGUGCAAUAGAUCUGGCUUUGUGUGGACUGUCUUAAUCAACAGCCAAGACCAAAUAGAGAAACUUUGAGGCUUCUUUAGAGUUAAAAGUAAUUAAUCAUCUUAGCAUUGGCACAAGAUGACAAAUUAUUCCUUACUGGAGAAGUCAAGGUUAAGUUUAGUGUGUCUUUAUUUUCUCUCAGUAAUUUUAAGCUAUUAUUGCUUGUAAUACUUUAUUAUUAUUAUUUUGAAGACCAUUGAUUCAUUUCUUAAAGGUAAACAAAAUAUGGCACAUACUGCACUUUGUGAAUGCAUUGCCAUUUACAUAUCUGAUAAACAUCAUGGCUUGAAGUAGCAAUGCAUUUGAAUAGUUAAAUGGAUUGAAACAGGCAGUGUAGAGUGUUUUAAUUUAUGCUUUAAAUGGUUAAAGACUGCAAAGGCAAUCAUGACAUAUUUAACUCCAAUUGUAAAUGUUGAGACCCAUAUAGUGUGAGACAAAAACGGCUUACUGUUCAUUCCAAAAAUCCAAUCAUGCAAAUGAUAUAUUUUGAUAAUUAAAUAGCUCUUGUAUUUAGUGAUGAAGAAUGUAUCUCGGCACUUUUCUUCAAUGGGAGAUUUUGAAGCUACCUACUGUCAAGAGAGUGGAAAGCAUUCCCUAUAAAUCAUUCAGCAUCUCCUGAUUUGCUCUCACAAGUGGUACAUCCAUAAUUUAACUGAACAAUCACCCACUUGUUUUUCUAGAGCUUGGGUUUAAUUAUAUGUUUUAGCACAUUCUUUUGGAAAGCUGUAGUUGGUCUUGUUGCUUGCAGCGAUCAGUGGAGGUUCUGGGUGAAAUUGUUUGGAUCAUGUCAUUGUCAAGCAUAAUCAGUGGAGACAGAUGCGCUUCACUCUGUGUUUGACGCCUGAACGGAGUAAUCAUAGUGUCUCUGCAUCUAAUGUACACAUCUGUCUGUAAUAAAUAUCCUAAUAAGUCUUA